UUCGAUUCGAAAGAAAAUUUGUUCGCUUUCGAACGAUUGGUACUCUGAAAGCACCUUUCGAGUAACAUUCGUUCGAUGUUCGAAUUCCAUUCUGUUCCCUUCGAAUUUUCUUUAUCCCCUUUCGAAUUUUCGAAAAUUUGGUACUCCCUGCAUCGAAAGCAAAUGUCAAAAUGGUGGAAUUGUAGAAAAUUCUAUUCGACAGCAACCAAGCACUCGGACGUCCGCAAAAAUGACAACGAAAAUCAAACAACCAAAUACCAAGCCUCGACAAUUUGAAAUAUUGGUAAAUUUUAUGAUGGAACACAGCGAUUUGGCGAAAGGUCAAAUUAAGGGUUUAGCUGCAAAGCAAACCUCUAAUAAUCUGUGGAAGAGGCUAGAAAAUGAGCUUAAUUCAUGCGGACCUCCAACUCAUAACUUCACUGAAUGGUAAAAGAUAUGGGCAGAUUAUAAAAGCAAUAUUAAGGCGAAGUUGCGAAGGAAUAAGGAGAGCAUGUCGGGAACAGGAGGUGGACCAUCGAGAUUCUGUUCAUUAACUGCGACGGAAGAACAAGUGGUUGCGUUACUGAACAUAGAUGAAUCUAUAAAUGGCGAGACUGAAACAAUGCGCUUUGGUGCUACUACCUUCGGCGAUCCUGCAUCAUCUAGCCCACUUGACUGUAUAAACUUGGAGCCUGAAGAAUAUCCAAGUAAUGAUGCAGAGAAUCAGCCACCGAAUGCUAUCCCCACUACGCCACCGAUUGUUAUUGCACCCCCGAAUCGCGCACGCUCACUACCACUCGGCAAAGACAAUUUGCUAAAACUGCAAGUGGAAAACCAAUGCCAAUAUCACGAAAAUUCGAUGAAAAAGCUGGACGAAGUAUGUGAUAAUUUAAAUAGUUUAAGUAGAUAUUUUAAGAGGAAUGUUGAGCUCGAAGAGGCUAAACUUCAAUUAAAACGAGAAAAAUUUGAAUUUUUCAAAAAAAAUGAAAAAAAGAAAAGAAAACUGAAAUUAAAAGCACUGAAGCUAAAAGCUAAACUUUGUAAAUAGUUGAUUUAAGUGUAGUUAUUUUUACGAAUUCAUAUUUUAUAAGUUUUUUGUUCCUUUGAAGACUGAUGAAUUGUUUUUUAAGUUAUUUAUUUUUUAAAUAGCAGAUUAAGGUACAGCAGUUGCUUGGUUGUAUUAAUCAAAAAUAAUGAAUAUUUUUUAUUUUUAUGAUAAUUUCAAAUCCAAGCAAUCAAUGAAUUAGUUGUAUGUAAUUUUUUGUUGAAUUGUUACCUGUGAAUGAAAAGGCUAAUGAAUAUUUUUACAUUUUUUUUAUAUACCAAUGAAACUAAACUAUAUUUUGUGUCUUAGGUUCCUAGAAAUGUUUUACAUAUGUAAUUUUAUAAAAUGAAGACUGAAAAAAUACUUUUAUUUUAUUUAUUUAUUGUUGAUA